UCAGCACUGAGCUUAUAUCCAGACAACUGGAAACAUCUGCGGCCUUACAGGAGACUAACUGCUGCACGCACACUUUCUACGUACUGUCAGACCCUAAAGAGGAUUUCUGCAGGGAUAUACAACCUACCAGGAAAAAAAAUGAUUUUUGACAAGGUAAAAAAGUUUGUCAUCGUCUUUGACUCCCCGGAGUUGGACUGUCCUCCCGUGUUCAGCAGCGGGGACAUCGUGUCCGGCCGGGUGUUGCUGGAGCUCGGCGGGGAGACCAAAGUGGACUCCCUCAAACUCCACGCUGAAGGUUUCGCCAAAGUUCACUGGACCGAGUCUCGAUCCGCCGGCUCCAGCACCGCGUACACGCAGAACUACAGCGAUGAAGUGGAAUACCUGAACCGGAGAGAUGUGCUGCUGCAGGCAGAUAACGGAGAAGUCACCGUCCUUCCUGCAGGCAGACACGAGUUUCCCUUCAGCUUCCAGCUGCCCGAAGAGACACUGGUCACCUCCUUUGAGGGGAAACACGGCAGCAUCCGUUAUUGGGUCAAAGUGAAGCUCCACAGACCCUGGGCCACAGUCAGGAAACUCAAGAAGGAGUUCACAGUCAUCGAGCCCAUCGACAUCAACACUCCAGCUCUACUGGCGCCACAGGCUGGAACAAAGGACAAAAUGGCCCAAGCAUGGUACCGCAACUUCGGACAGGUGUCGGUAACAGCGAAAAUCGACCGCAAGGGUUACACACCUGGCGAGGUGAUACCUGUUUUUGCGGAGUUCGACAAUUCUACCUCUAGAUCUAUCGUGCCCAGAGCCUACAUCACGCAGACGCAGACCUUCAUCGCUCGCGGCACAAUUAAACAGAAGCGCUCUGUGGUAGCCACCCUGUGUGGUGACAUUGUAGGAGCCAGACGCCGGGAGACCUGGCAUGGCCGUGCCAUCAAGAUCCCACCUGUGGGGCCCUCUAUCCUCCAGUGUCGCAUCAUCAAAGUAGAGUACAUGCUCAAGGUCUGUGUUGACGUUCCUGGAACAUCAAAGCUGAAUCUGGAGCUGCCGCUGGUCAUAGGAACCAUCCCGCUCCACCCGUUUGGCAGCAGGACGUCCAGUGUCAGCAGCCAGUACAGCGUCAACCUGGAGUGGCUGCGUAUGGCCAUCCCUGAGCAGCCUGAGCCUCCUCCAGAUUACAGCUCUGUGGUGACGGAGGAGGAGGCCGAGCAGUGCAACAACAACAACGCCGUGGCCCCGCAGCCGGCCGACGACCUCAGUGGAAUCCUGGAGCGCCCCCUCAUGGCUUUCGUCCAAGAGUUUCGCUUCCGGCCUCCGCCCGUGUACAGCGAGAUUGACCCCAACCCUCAGCCCCUCAACAUGAGACCUCGCUGCAUGACAUGUUGAACCAAACGCCUCGUCUUGGAGUCAAGCGACUUAAAAUUAACCUAAUGAAUCAAGAGAUGUGUCUUCUCCCAGAUUAUUUCUCUCUGAUAAAUGGCACUGGGCCCUAACAAGUGUUAGGGAGAGGGACGAGAGCCCCCACCCCCCAGAGAGGUCAUGAGAGGAGAAGCCCUAAGGAACUGAGUGUCCAAGGAGAAGCUGCCGCUUCAUUUCAAGUCCAUGCAGAAAACUGGACGCUUUCCAAUUCUUCUCAAGGGAAAAUGAACUUCUCUGCACCAGUUCCUGUUCUUCCCAAGUGAUUUCUUCUGUGCUCCAAAGAAUGAGAGCCACGAGUACCUCCCAAUCAUCGGUUCCCUCAUGAGAUUUUUUUUUUAAAGAGAUUUUUCAGAUUUUACUGAGUUUGGGACAUCUUUGGGGGGGAAAUGAUCACUUGUGUUUGUCAUGAUGAGGUGGAAAGUUGGAGCUGCAGUUUGGUGUUUGAACAACGAUCGCUCUUGAUGAGUUGACAUUUGUCUGAAGGCACAUUGUCAACUUGGAAUGGCGUAAAAAAAAGAAGUGCAAUUAUUUCUGUAAUUCCCACUUCCCUUUGAACAACCUACUUUGCUAUGCAUUGUGUGACUCGACACCGGCGUGCCUUUGUAGAUUCCUACCGUUACUUAAGCCACAUACUGUACCUGUAAAAGUGUGAAGGUCAACUAGGCAGAUGUGUUUAUGCAUGAAAAGAUAAAACAGUAUGCUAAAGGGAAAAAAAACAAAACAUCUUUGCCUCAAUGACGUGCAGCAGAGGCGUGCGUGAGAGCUGAGGAGAGUCGCUCUCGUAGAGAUGAAUUGUAACUUAAAAGAACAAGAAACGUUUGUAUGAGUGUCUGCGACGAGUUUAAGGAGACGUGUUGUUGAUGUUGAGCCCGUGGUGCUGACGCGUCAGGUGGCUGUGGUUGGUGCUCUACAGCACAGUUGAACCAAAAAUAGGAGAAACAGUUUGUGUAUAAACCUGCACAAGGCUCAGAUCUGCUCCCUCGGCUGCUAAACAAAAAGGAGGAGACGGAGAGACCUCGGAGCCGCGAGGUCUGGAGCUUUUGAUGGGAGCCAGAUGCCUCGAGGGUUGCGGUGCUUUGUGAUGCUCAUCCAGAGCACAAUGCUCAGGGUUCGAGUGAAGCCUUAAGCUAGAGAUGCCACUGAAGUGCACAGACUAAGAACAUUCCAAAAAAGAGUUUAAAAAAAAAAAAAAACGAACCAGAGGACUGUGUUUUCUCCUCACCUUCCAAAAAAAACUGGUCUUCAGGGUCAGCUGUGCCACUUCCAAGGCACGCACUGAAUAAAAGUGAAUGUAUUUUUAUACCAAUACGACUGUUGAUUUAUAAUCCUGCCAAAGUUUUGUAACUUUUUUUCUAAUAAAAACCUUGAAUGGA